AUGUCACCAUUAGGAACAAAUAUCAUCUCGUUAAAAGAGCCAAUUGCGAACUCUCUACAGAAUGCAACAAUACCCAUUCCAUCUACAGACGGGAGCCCUGCCACACAUAUCCAAUACCCAGUACAUCGAUCAUUAAUAUGCGGUGACGGGAUCGAUGGCCUGUUUUCGUUUGCUAAAUUAACUGGGAGGACAGGUACAGUUGAACUUGGCCCAGUAAAGGCAGUAUUCCAGGCACCGUUAAACAAGGCUCCAGAGAACGGUAAUGGAGACGUUUCAUUUAUUGAUAUUGACCGUGCUGAAGUGGCGUUGGAUAAGUUUCGUGAGUCAGCCCAAAAUGCAACGGCUUACCAGGAAGGGUGGAACGGAAGCAGGAUUCAACCAAUUAUCGACUGGCUCGCGGCGGCUCCCACGGAUCAAGCUGUGUCCCCUGACAUCCGGUAUCUGCUCGAUUCCGUGUUGAAUGAGGCAGAUACAAAAAUCAAGCAGCACGAAAAGAAAACAUUGGCCGACGUGCAAGCGAGUUCUGUUCCCGAAGAAGUACGAGAAUCAUUGAAUGCCAUGAUCUCGGGAUGGGCGGAAAGGGCUCAUGAGGAGCUUCGGACUUCGUUAGACGAAGCUUUCAGAUGCAAGAGCUGGCAAAGCUUAGUGUGGUGGAAAUUGUUCUGGAGAGUUGAUGAUGUUCCCAUGAUAUGUUCCAGUCUGCUGCAAAAACAGUGGCUUACUCGGGCUGAGAAGGAGGCUCUAUGGAUUGGCGGACGAUUCCAGCAAGCCCGAUUGUUGGAAGACGAUUCUUCUGUGGAUAGAGAAAGUUGCACUCCGACUACGGAAGAAGCAUCACCCGAAUCUCCACGCAGUACUCCUGUGUUCACUCCAUGGCAAACACAAAUAACGGAAAGCCGAAACAAGCUCACAGCAUCCACUAUCAUGCCACUACAUUCUCUCGCACAGAGUCUAGUCAUGUUCAGCUUGUCAACUACCGGGUUGACUUCAGCACUAUCCGCUCUCACAUAUAUCUCCACUACUACUACUUCCCUUAGCGAGGCUGGAACCUUUGCUGCAGUGGGUUUAAUCUACUCGGUUUGGAGACAACAGAAAAAGUGGGACUUAGCCCGCAGGACCUGGGAAACAGACAUCCGUGAAGAAGGCCGAAAAGCGUUGAGGCAUACGGAAGAUUCCAUGAGAAUGGUAAUACGUGACGGAAACAGACCAGGGAUGCCGCCUACAGAAACGGAAGUUAAGGAAAGCAUAAAGAGGGCCAGAAAUGCCUUAUCAGAUGUAUUAUAG